GUUUCUUGUAAUUUUUCCUAAAAGGAGCACUGAAACUUCAGUCUAUUUCAUUACUUCCAAAAUUCUAGCUCGCCUCAGUCUUUUCUCUCUCUUCAUUUGCAAAUUUCAGGUUGGAUUUCUACUCACUCCAAUUCGACGCAUUUUCAAAACUAUGCAAGUCAAGUUGGGGAUCAAGUUAUUUCUUCUUCCCUAAUUUUAGAUCCACCUGUUCUAGCCCCAAUCUCAGAUUGGAUUUCUACUCACUCCGAUUCGACGCAUUCUCAACACAACGCAAGUGAUCAGGUUGGGAUCAAGUCAUUUCUUCUUCCCUAAUUUCAGAUCCACCUGUUCUAGCCCCAAUCUCAGAUUGGAUUCGACGCAUUUUCAAAACUACGCAAGUCAGGUUGGGGAUCAAAUCUAUUUUUCUAAUGGCUUUAGUGGACAUGGAAACGGACUUGUCAUCUUUCCCAAGUUCUUCUUCUUCUGCUGCUGCCCGAUGGACACCCGCUACAAUUUUGUGGGUCAUCUUUACGAAGCUUUGAGACAAAAAGGCAUUCAUACUUUUAAGGACGAUAAAAACCUUGACAGAGGAAAACCCAUCUCACCAGAGCUGUUGAAAGCAAUAGAGGAGUCGAGAUUUGCUGUCGUCAUUAUAUCAAAAGACUACGCAUCUUCAGCUUGGUGCUUAGAUGAACUUGCACACAUCAUUCACUGCAAGAAAAAGACGGGAAUGACGAUUCUACCUGUUUUUCACUAUGUGGAUCCAUCCGAUAUACGGAAACAAAUGGGAACUUUUGAGCAAGCAUUUAUUGAACAUGAAGAAAAGGAGAACAAAGAGAGGGUGGAGAAAUGGAGAGAAGCUUUGAGAGAAGUGGGCAAUCUGGCUGGAUGUCAUUUAAAGAAUACUAGGUAUGAGACAGAAGACAUCAAAGACAUCAUGGGAUGGAUAUCACUUCACUUGAAAUAUGAUGCAUUCCCUUACAUUACUAGGGAUCUGGUAGGAAUAUACUCUUGAAUGGUGGAAUUGGAGUCGUUAUUAGCUAUAGGGUCAAACGAUGUUCGCUUUAUAGGGGUUUGGGCAAUGGGGGGAAUGGGUAAGACAACUCUUGCUAGAGUUGUUUACCAUAUGGUUUCUAAAGAAUUUGAAGCUUAUAGUUUUAUUGAGGAUGUUAGGGAAAAUUCUGAAAAACAUGGUUUAGUUGGACUACAACAGAAACUUAUUUCUAAUAUUUUGGAGGAAACAGAUUUGAAAAUUAGAGAUAAGUAUGAUGGAGUUCUCAAGAUCAGGAAUAGGUUAUGUCAUAAAAGGAUUCUUCUUGUUCUUGAUGACGUAAAUGAAUCAGACCAGUUAGAAAAUUUGGCGGGGGAGCAUGAUUGGUUUGGUCCGGGUAGUAGAAUUAUCAUAACAACAAGAGAUGUGCAUGUGUUGAAAACGCAUGGAGUUGAUGAAAUAUAUGCAGUUAAAGGAUUGUAUGACAAAGAUGCUUUACAACUUUUUUGCUCAAAAGCUUUUAGAAAAGAGCAUGUCCCAAAUGAUUAUUUAGUGAUGUCCAAAGAAGUUUUAAAAUAUGCUGCUGGUCUGCCUUUAGCUCUUAAGGUUUUGGGUUCCUUCUUGUUUGGGAAAAGUACCAAUUUAUGGAGAAGUGCAUUGGAGAGGAUCAAAGAAAAUCCUAAGAAAGAAGUUUUCAAUGUACUUCAAAUAAGUUUUGAUGGACUCGAUGACUUAGAUAAGGAAAUAUUCCUGCAUAUUGCAUGCUUCUUUAAUCAUGAGGAGAAGGAUCAUAUAGUAGAAGUACUAGAUAGUCUUGGCCUUCACCCUGAUAUUGGAUUGCAGGAACUCAUUGAUAAAUCUCUCUUGGAAGAUGAUGAAGGUAUAUUGAGGAUGCAUGAUUUACUUGAAGAAAUGGGUAAGAACAUAGUUCGUCGAGAGUGCCCUAAUGAUUGUGGGAAGUGGAAUAGGCUGUGGCGUAACGAGGACAUUGAAAACGUGUUGAAAAAAAAUAAGGGAAAUGAAGUAGUCCAAGCCAUGCAUAUUUGGAAUUAUUAUGAUUGUUAUCAUCUUGAAGAUGAAGAUGAAGAGACAUGGUGGAGCCCUGAGGGCAAUUCGCAGAUGCACGAUCUUAAAAUUCUUAGAAUUGAUGGUAUUUCGCAGAUGCACAAUCUUAAAUUUCUUAGAAUUGAUGGUAGUUUCUGUGCCCCUCAACGUCUUCCAAAUUCUUUGAGCGUUCUUUCUUGGAGGUAUUAUAUUUCAAAUUCUUUGCCAUCAACUUUCCUGCCAGAUGGGCUUGUUCAACUUUGUUUGCCAGAUAGCAGAAUUAAAAAACUUUGGAUAGGAGUAAAGAAUUUUGACAAGUUGAAGAUCAUGGACUUGUCAUACUCAGACUUGAUUAUAUGCCCAGACUUCACUGGAGUCCCAAAUCUCGAGAAAUUAACUUUUUCAAAUUGUUUAAAGUUACAUGAGCUUCACCCAACCAUUGGAAUUCUUAAAAAGCUUGUUCUUCUUAAUCUAAAAGAUUGCCGAAAACUAAGUCAUCUUCCAAGCAAGUUUGAAAUGGAUUCCCUCAUGACUCUAGUGCUUUCAAGUUGCGUAAGACUCGAGACAAUUCCAGAAAAUAUGGGAAACAUGAAAUGCUUACAAAGUCUUAAUUUGGAUUUCACUGCUAUUAAGGAACUACCUUCAUCAAUUGGAGGCUUGAUUGGCCUGACUUCAUUGACUCUUAGGGGUUGCAAAAAUCUUGUGUGUCUUCCUAACACCAUUUGUUGUUUGAAAUCACUCGAAUGUCUUGAUCUUUCUGGGACAGCUAUAAAAGAGUUGCCUUCAUCAAUUGAAUGCUUGCCAAGCCUUACUUCAUUGGAUAUGCAUGGUUGCAAAAAUCUUGUGUGUCUUCCUAACACCACUUGUGGUUUUCAGUUCCAUGGUGCUCUUGAUCUUUCAACAUGCUCAAGAUUUAAAAACUUGCCAGAGAACCCGUGGAUAAUCGAACGUCUAGGGAGGCUUGAUUUGAGUGAAACAGCUAUAGAAGAGUUUCCUUCAUCAAUUGGAGGCUUGAUUGGCCUGACUUCAUUGACUCUUAGGAGCUGCAAAAAACUUGUGUGUCUUCCUAACACCAUUUGUUGUUUGAAAUCACUUGAAUGUCUUGAUCUUUCUGGGAGCUCAAAUUUUGAAAACUUGCCAGAGAAUCUAGGGAAUGUAAAAGGUUUGAAGAGGCUUAAUUUGAGUGGAACAGCUAUAAAAGAGUUGCCUUCAUCAAUUGAAUGCUUGCCAAGCCUUACUUCAUUGGAUAUGCAUGGUUGCAAAAAUCUUGUGUGUCUUCCUAACACCACUUGUGGUUUUCAGUUCCAGGGUGCUCUUGAUCUUUCAACAUGCUCAAGAUUUAAAAACUUGGCAGAGAACCCGUGGAUAAUCGAACGUCUAGGGAGGCUUGAUUUGAGUGAAACAGCUAUAGAAGAGUUUCCUUCAUCAAUUGGAGGCUUGAUUGGCCUGACUUCAUUGAAUCUUAGGGGUUGCAAAAAUCUUGUGUGUCUUUCUAACACCAUUUGUUAUUUGAAAUCACUUGAAUGUCUUGAUCUUUCUCGGAGCUCAAAUUUUGAAAACUUGCCAGAGAAUCUAGGGAAUGUCAAAGGUUUGAAGAGGCUUAAUUUGAGUGGAACAGCUAUAAAAGAGUUGCCUUCAUCAAUUGAAUGCUUGCCAAGCCUUACUUCAUUGGUUAUGCAUGGUUGCAAAAAUCUUGUGUGUCUUCCUAACACCACUUGUGGUUUUCAGUUCCAUGGUGCUCUUGAUCUUUCAACAUGCUCAAGAUUUAAAAACUUGCCAGAGAACCCGUGGAUAAUCGAAUGUCUAGGGAGGCUUGAUUUGAGUGAAACAGCUAUAGAAGAGCUUCCUUCAUCAAUUGGAGGCUUGAUUGGCCUGACUUCAUUGACUCUUGGGAGCUGCAAAAAUCUUGUGUAUCUUCCUAACACCAUUUGUUGUUUGAAAUCACUUGAAUGUCUUGAUCUUUCUCGGAGCUCAAAUUUUGAAAACUUGCCAGAGAAUCUAGGGAAUGUCAAAAGUCUAAAGAUGCUUCAUUUGGAUUUCACUGCUAUUAUGGAACUACCUUCAUCAAUUGGAGGCUUGAUUGGCUUGACUUCAUUGACUCUUAGGGGUUGCAAAAAACUUGUGUGUCUUCCUAACUCCAUUUGUUGUUUGAAAUCACUUGAAUGUCUUGAUCUUUUUGGGAGCUCAAAUUUUGAAAACUUGCCAGAGAAUCUAGGGAAUGUAAAAGGUUUGAAGAGGCUUAAUUUGAGUGGAACAGCUAUAAAAGAGUUGCCUUCAUCAAUUGAAUGCUUGCCAAGCCUUACUUCAUUGGUUAUGCAUGGUUGCAAAAAUCUUGUGUGUUUUCCUAACACCACUUGUGGUUUUCAGUUCCAUGGUGCUCUUGAUCUUUCAACAUGCUCAAGAUUUGAAAACUUGCCAGAGAACCCGUGGAUAAUCGAACGUCUAGGGAUGCUUGAUUUGAGUAAAACAGCUAUAGAAGAGAUGCCUUCAUCAAUUGGAUGUUUGACUAACCUUACUGCAUUGACUUUAAGAUUUUGCUUAAAUCUUGUGCGCCUUCCUAGCACCAUUUGUAGUUUGAAGUUGCUUAAUUCUCUUGAUCUUUAUGGAUGCAUAAAAUUUAACAACUUGCCAGUGAACAUAGGAAAUAUGAAAGGUUUGAAGUGGCUUGAUUUGUGUUGGACGGACAUAAAGGAGGUUCCUUCUUCCAUUGCUCUCCUUAAAAGUCUCGAACACUUAUAUAUCAGUAAAUGGAAGUUAUCUGAAUUUUAUUUUAUGCCAGUAACUCUUGCGACGAUGGCCCCAUUAUGGAGUUCCCUGCCAAGAAGCCCAUUAUUGUCUUUAUCUUUACAUCAUUCCUUAUCAACAAGUCCCGUUCCAAUGGGCUUUUUAUUUCCUUCCUUAUCAGGUCUGCAGUCUUUAACUAAUCUGGGUCUUAGUGACUGCAAUCUUUUGUCAAUCUCCAAUGACAUUGGUUGCUUGUCCUCUUUAGUACAGUUAGAUCUAAGUGGAAAUAAUUUUGUUUUCCUUCCUGAAAGCAUGUCUCAACUCUCUAAUCUUCGAAGACUCUAUUUAGAGGGUUGCAAAAGUCUUCAAUCAUUGGAAAGUGUUCCGUCAACUGUUGAUUAUGUAAUUGCAAACAAUUGUACCUCACUGGAGAAAUUGCCAAAACUGCAAUUUAAUCCUUCUAGGUCAGAUCACUCCCGUUUAAAUUUCCAGUGUUGCAACUGCUUCAAAUUGGUUGACUAUUUUCAAAGCAGUAACAUGCUUCAGGGACUACCAAACAUUAUUAUUCCUGGAGGUAAAAUUCCGAAAUGGUUUUCCCUUGAAUGUCAGGGUGGUAACAUAGGAGUGUCUUUUCGUGGGUGUGAUGACUUGAUGGGAAUUGCGUUGUGUAUUGUACUUGUACCCAAUGGGUCACAAGUCUCACAACUUACAUAUAAUUUAUUUAUCAAUGAAUUUAAAUGGUUCGUACAAAAUUUUCAGUUAAAAUAUGGUAAUGUUGAAUCACCUCACCGUUGGCUGCUCUAUUUGUCCUCUCAAUAUUUGGGCUCUGAUUGGGGUAAAAUACUUAGUCACACUGAUGCUAAUGGACUCAGUCAACUCGAGAUGAAAUUAUUAGCUAACAAAGAGGGGGUGGAGAAAAUUGGGGUUCAUUUGGUAUACAAGCAAGACAUCGUAGAUCCCAAUCAAACUAUGGCACAGUGCAUUAACAACAACAGUAUACUGUAUGAGGAUCUGGCUGAUUCUGAGGAUCAGCCAGAAUCAGAAAUUUUUAACUUUGCCAUGGAAGGAGAGGAUCAAACGUCCAAGAAGCUUGACUUCAUUCAUGGAGGGAAGAGCCAUUGUUUCCAAGACAUUGAAGAUCCCAAUCAAACUAUAACAGAGUUGAGCAUCAACAGCAGGACACUCUAUGAGAAUCUGGGUGAUCUCUGCCAUGAUCUUUACCAUUCAGCCGCAGAAGGUAGCAGAAAUAAACGAAGCCGUGAUGAGCAAGAUUGGGCUGGACCUAGUGGAGAAGGCUACUCUAGUGAUGAACCAAAUCCAAAGACUUGGAGGUUGUAUGGCUGAUUCUAAAAGAAUUUAUUAUAAGGAAGAUUCGACUUCUUUGCCUCAGAAGAAAUCAAGCCACUUGAUAGUAUCUGUAUCUUCAAGAGCAAUGAGGAACUUGAUCAGCCUAGGGCGACCCAUGAUUUUGUAGAAGCAGCCAUCUAAACCACCUUCCCCAAAAGUUCUAUUGGUACAUUUCACACACAGCCUCAUCAAAUCCUCAAUUGUUCUCUUAGCAUAUUUCCAUUCCUCUUCCUCUACUCUCCUUUCUGCUUUCUCUAUUUUUACGAUAAAUUAUGGUUUAAUUGAAUCGCAUCACCUUUGGCUGCCCUAUUUUUCCAACUACUAUGUGUCUUGCCAUUUCAGCUCCAAUGGGGGAAGGAUGUUUAGCUAAAACCAAAUUGAUGCUAAUGGAUUUUGUGAAAUUAAUAUUAAAAUAGAUAGCUGGAACUUGGAGGUGGAGAAAAUUGGGAUCUGCUUAGUAUACUGGCAAGACAUGGAAGAUCCCAAUCAAACUAUGGCACAGUGCAGCAGCAACAGCAGUACAAUUUAUGAGGUCCUGGGUGUUCUACAUCAUGAUCUUGAUGAUUCAGCUGCAGAAUCAGAAAUAAGCGAAGCCAUGAUGAGGAUGACAGGGCUGGAGCUAGUGGAGAGUGCUACUAUAAAGAGGAUCCACAGCCAAAGAGGAUUCAAACUUGAAGGAUUAAUUGCUGAUUUUGAAGAAUCUAGUGAAAAUGACCUGGAAGGCUAAACAGUUUCUGUUCAUUACCUGAUGGGAUCAAACAUCUGAGAAGCUUGAAGCUUUUGCCACCGUGGAUGGUUACAAGAGUGUCAACGUUGAAGUAUUAGCCAAGUAGCUAUUCUCCUCUCACACUCACCUUGGGCUCUUGCGAAAGUGGUCAAGGACUCAAAAUGACAUAAAUCCUUCCCAUCUACUUCUUUUUGUUAACACAAAGUUACCAUCCAAUGCCUCAUUUGGUUGGAGAAGUAUAAUGGAAGCUUGAAAGGUUGCACAGUUGAGCUACUGUUGGAAGAUAGGGAUGGAAAACAGGCAGCUGCCGACACCGAAUGCAUCCAGGGUGGUUUUACUAAGAAAUCCUCAAUCUGCAGCAAACUAGGUGACUUGCUGGAUGAUAAUACAAAGACUCGCAGAAAGAUUUUUCUGGACAGGUUGUUCAUGCCACAAGAAGCUGCUGUCAUUCAAAAGCAUUCUGUGAAAUACUCAACAUUUUGAUUACAGUAUCUUUUGGGUGGGUGCAGAAAUUUGAGAUUUUUCAGUUCGGGGUGCAUAUGAUUUGUCAGACCACGAGGCAAUGGCAGGUUUAGGAGAGGCUUCAAACAAUCACAGCUCAACAAUUUUGUGGCGGGCACUGUGGAAGGCUCGGGUUCCUAACAAGAUUAAAGUUUUUCAUGGCAUACUCUUAAGUUUAUCCUGCUAACAAAGCCACAUCUAUUUUCCAAAUGCAUCAUCUCUUCAGUAACUUGUGAUCAGUGUAAUGAAGUUCCUGAAACCAGUUUACAUGCUUUUGGUCUUGCCCCGACACCAAGAAGGUAUGGCAAUUAGUUGAAUGCAUAAACUACUUUAUCCUGCACCAGCCUUAUCAGAACUGGACUGGUCUAUUCUCCUGGAUGCUGCACCAUAAGAACACAUUCUCACUGAAACUAUUUUCCACUCUCUCAUGGCAAUUAUGGCUGCACAGAAAUGGAGAGAUUUGGGGAACCAGGAAUACAGCCAACCACUUUGGUAUAUAUAGGUAAAGAGAUGCAUGAACACUAAGCUGCAAAAUUUUCAUCUGAGAUACUGCAGAAAGUACGUCUCCUAAUAUUGAAGCCCCCUCAGUUACCUUACUCCAAGGUAAAUGUUGCGGUGAUUAGAGAUCUCAAUGUGAAUUUUGUUGCACCUAAGGUUGAGGUGAUUGUGGGCGAAUGCUGUCUCUGGAGGCUCAUUUUGCAGGAUUCUGGCAUGCCUUACAAUUGUUUAACCAGCAGGGAAUUCAGGAGGUUCAACUUGAGAGCCACUUAAGUAUUGCCAAUUUGCCAUUGCUGCUUUUAACAUGGAUUCCUCCCUCCCCCCACCCCCGCCCCCAAAAAAAAAAGAAAAAAAAGAAAAAAGAAAAAAAGUGACCUGAAAUGUGCUGUUCAACAAAGUGAAAAUAGCAAUAUCUACUUUGCGAUGUUGCAAUUUUAAUUUUUUGGACAAAAGCUGUAAUAAUGCUCCUCUAGAUUUAGCAGAUCUUGGAUGUAAAAAUUGCGUCACUGAGAUUUGGCUACUUGAUAAUUUUGUGAAAUGCAAUACAAAUCCUGCCGCUUUUAUUUUAAGAAAAAUACA